AUGACGUCCACGGCGAGCGCGGCGUCGAGCACGUACAAGGUCGUUUUAUUGGGCGAAGGGCGAGUCGGCAAGACGUCCUUACUCGUGCGGUUCGUGCAGUCAACUUUUGACGAAUCGCAAGCGCCCACGGUGCGAGCGAGUUACCUGACGAAGACGGUGCGGUUGGAGAGCGACGCGCGGGCGACGCUCAACGUCUGGGACACCGCGGGACAAGAGCGAUUUCACGCGCUGGGGCCGAUAUAUUACCGAGACGCGGACGCGGCGAUUGUGGUGUACGAUAUCACGGACGCGGAUUCGUUCGAGCGGGCGAAGGCGUGGGUGAAGGAGCUGAGACGCAUUGCGGGGGCGGAGAUAUCCAUCGCGGUGUGCGCGAAUAAGAGCGAUUUGGAGCGGGCGCGGAGGGUAUCGAACGACGAUGGCGAGGCGUACGCCAAGGGAAUCGGGGCGUCGUUUCACAGCACGAGCGCGAAGACGGAUAAGGGGGUCGAGCAAGCUUUCAUGAGCGUGGCCAGGGCAUUGGACAUGAAGCGCGGGAAGUCGCCGGUGCCUGCGGGAUCAAGCGGCGUCUUGAGGAGUCGUUCGCUGAAAAUCGCGGCGGAGGAGGAGACGAAACCGAAAGGGACGUUCGGAGAUUGCUGCUAA